UGUAAUUGGCGCCAAAAACUGAAACCCGGAAAGCUGCAGUUUGCAAUACUAUAAAUACAACCUGUGAAGCGGCAGGAUGGGCCAUUGAACCAGUUGAGAUAUAAGCGAGCACAGGUAUAAAGUUCCAACUUUGGAGGAAGGAAAGGCAAAUCUGCACAGCACGAACUUUCAGAGUCAACAACAUACCGCACGGAAGCCAUUGAGAUUUGGUGCACGUAAUAUUAGUCAGAGUUUCUCAACUCUUAAGAGUGAAAAAAAAAAAUGAACACCACAACAGCUUUUCAUAUAACAUGCCUUCUGCUUGGGCUGUGCUGGGGCUUGGAAGGAAAAGCAAUAGACGUAGUUCACAUGGUGGAAGAGACUACGGACGAAACCACGUCAGUUUUAGACCAGGAUGAAGUUAUUAACCAACCGAGUGCUUUGAAUCAAGAUGCUGAAAUCGACAAUAUAGUGACGCUUAUAGCUGAAUUAAAACAACCAAGCGCGUUAACAACAUGCGGCGUGAAACCCAACUACCUGUCGGCAGCCACCCAGGCUAAGAAGAAUUUUGUCCGAGUAGUUGGUGGAACGGAGGCCUCGGGAAGGUGGCCGUGGCAAGUCGCUCUAGUGAGCAAGACGACCAAGGAGCCGUUCUGUGGAGGAACACUGAUAGGAAGAGAACAUGUGGUAUCGGCUGCUCAUUGCUUCGACGAAAGAGACCAAAACGACGUAGAGUUUGUCCUCGGGGAGCACGAUCGAUCAUCGGUAGACGGUUACGAGCAACGGUUCCCAAUCGACUGCGUUCACGUCCAUCGUCGCUACGUCAAGGGCGUCCCCUACGUCAACGACAUCGCCGUCAUUAAACUCAAGACGUCACCGGGUCACGACGUCGUCAUCAAUGACUACGUCUUGCCGGCUUGCAUGCCGGAGAAGAACGAGUUCAAAGCGGGGGAUGAGUGUUAUGUCACAGGAUGGGGAUAUACAAAUUUCUUUGACCUCCUCGCUCGCAAGAGACCACAGAAACUCAACGAGGCCAUGGUCCCCCUCCUGAGCAACAACGAAUGCCAGCAAGCCUACGGCAGUUACAUCUCAAAGAAGAUGGUCUGUGCGGGGUACCUGGAAGGGGAACAGCGAGCAGACACAUGUAAAGGAGACAGCGGUGGGCCAUUGAUUUGCAAGAGGGAUGGAAAGUGGAAGCUUUUUGGGGUGACAUCGUGGGGGGACAACACUUUCUGCAACCCGUCCCCAACUGACUCAGUCCCCGGUGUUUACACAAGAGUGGAUAGGUACCGAAGCUGGAUACAGAGUAGAAUUGAAAGGACUAAAUGCUCAUCACCCUAGAGUUUUGAGAAUUUUCAGGAAUAUUUAUCAUUAAAGGCACUGGACAUAUUGGUAAUUGUCAGAUACCAGUUUUCUCACUUGGUGUCUCUCCC